ACGUAAUUACGCAGCGUCUCCUUUUAUCGUAGUACGACAGACGCAAUGGCUGGAGUAGGUCGUGUGUUGUGCUCGGUGUGGAGCCGGUGCCCGGUCUCGGUACCGGAGCUUCGGGUUCCCUGUGCCGCUUAUCACAAAAAGGUUGUUGACCAUUAUGAGAAUCCAAGGAAUGUUGGAUCCCUUGACAAGAACUCAAAAAAUGUUGGAACUGGUUUGGUGGGUGCCCCAGCAUGUGGGGAUGUUAUGAAACUGCAGAUUGAAGUCAAUGAAAAUGGGAAAAUUGUUGAUGCCAGGUUUAAAACAUUUGGCUGUGGAUCUGCAAUUGCCUCCAGCUCUCUAGCUACCGAGUGGGUGAAAGGAAAAACGGUUGAUGAAGCAAUGACUAUCAAGAACACAGACAUUGCUAAAGAGCUGUGCCUUCCUCCAGUGAAGUUGCACUGUUCCAUGCUUGCAGAAGACGCUAUCAGGGCUGCUUUAGCAGAUUACAGACUGAAGCAGGACAAGGAGGAGUCUGCAGUCAGCGUCUAGUGUCUCUCUCCUUUGAUCAAGACAUCUUGACACUUUAAUGCCAUUCUCUUAGGAAGUAGGGCAUGCCUUUACCAUUAUACGCACAAUAAUAUAGCAGCUUGUCCUACUGUGUGCAUGUCUAUUUUGUGAAUUUCUUUUUAUUUUUUUAUUUUUUCCAGUUUGUAAAGUGUGCCUUAGAACAAGGGAGAGAAGCAAUGGUCUUGAAUCUGUCCUGAUGCUCUUGUUAGAAAAUGCUAUAAGCAUAUUGUGUACAGAAACAUUACUACAGCUACUUGCAUAUAGUCACAGCUCGGACUGGGUUUUUCUGUUCAGCUUUUACUUCAUCACAUAAUCCUGUGUUCUAAUCACAUUUCUCACACUCUUAAAGGGUGUGUGGUUUGUAAGGCAACGUGUGAGUGUUGUGUUUUUUUUUAUUUUUUUUAUUAUUAUUCUCUGUACUCGGAAAUAAAUCGCUUUACCAUUCGUAUACAUCUGAAGCAGAGAUGGAUAACUACUAGCAAAUUGUCCCUUAGCGAUAACUGCCUUAAGGGCUCCAUGCUAAAUUGAAUAAAAGUGAAUUCACAUGCUUCACUUUGUGCUCAUCAAAUGUGUGUAUAAGUGUUGUGGAAGACAGAUGUUGGUGAGUUGUAUUUUUUUUUCUAGAUGGUUUCCAGAGAGCCAGGAAGACUGCUAUGAGAGCUGUUGUUUCAAAAUGAAAACUGAUAUAUUUUGCAGUGGAUAAGGGGGCUUAUUUUGAGCUUCUUAGUUUGUUGUGUAUAGUUUUAGCAUGGAAACUUUAUCAUAAAUAAAAUGAAAAAAAUAAAAUAAACCACA